AUGGCCUCCAGCAUCUCCAACUCGCGCUCAGUACCACCGCCAACCCACCAGGAGGUCACGCGAAAGCUCUCCGUGCAUUCUAGCAAGCCACAUAUGCUGACGUCUUUGCUGCGUUCUGUCCAGAAGCCCACGCUUUCCUCGGUCGCAGUGUCUGGCACGGAAUCAGACUCGGACUCGGUGUUUUCGCCGGAUGUGGUUUCGCCGUCCCCCAUGUCCGCGGCCAGCACGGCCGGUGCCCUCCUGGGUGCUGCAGCAACCCAGCCACCACUCUCCGUGAUCGCCGAGCGAGGGUCAGGUAGCGGCGAGGAGUCUGAAGAGGGCACGGAUGACGAGGAGGGUGGCUGGAGGGUCGAGGACUUCAGCGCGGCGACGCGAGGCUCCCUCGACGAGACCGUGAUCAAAACCGGGUACCUAUGGAAGAAAGGCGAACGCAGGAAGACGUGGAAGAAGCGGUGGUUUGUGCUGCGCCCAGCGCACCUCGCGUUCUACAAGACCGCGGCGGAGUACAAGCUCCUGCGGCUGCUCGAGCUCACGGACAUACACUCGUGCACGCCUGUCGUGCUGAAGAAGCACCAGAACACGCUGGGACUGGUCUCGCCUGUGCGCACCUUCUAUCUCCAGGCGGGAUCACAAUCGGAGGUGCAGGACUGGGUGCACGCCAUCAACGAGGCGCGUACAGCACUUCUGUCCACGUCGACGAGGAACUCUGUCAGUGCGCCCAUCCCAAUCCCGACCACACCUGGUACAGCCCGCGGCCCGUCCCGCCUGUCCUCCUCGCCAUCCCAUUCGCCUUAUGCUCAUCAGCUCACGUCUUCGGAAUCUGACGAUGGCUCGCCGAACCCAAAGUCGUUCCCAAUAUCUUCAUCUGCUACCGCGCCAACUUCCACUUCCGAGGCUGCCUCGCCAUCCAAGCCAGUGCUUUCCGGAUAUCUGAUGAAGUGCGGAUCUCGCCGGCACAACUGGCACAAACGAUGGUUCGUACUCAGCGGCGAGAAGCUCAUCUAUUCUCGGAGCCACAUGGACACGAAGGCGCACCGUCAAAUCCCGCUCUCGAUGAUAUUGGACGCGCUCGAGUACGACCUUCCGGCGCACCGGAAUGUGCCCAGCGUCACGUCCCCGUCGGCCACGUCGCCGCCCGUGCCCUCCUCGUCUUCUCCCGACGAUGGGGACGCCACGCACCGGUCGCAGACGUUCAAGAUUGUCACGACGAAACGCACCCUCCUUCUCUGUGCGCCGAGCGAGGAGGAGGAGAUCAAGUGGCUGAGUGCGAUCCGGGCGCUCAUUGCCCGCCGAUCGACACAGGGCGUCCUCCCGGGCGACGCAACACCUCCCGUCGCGAGCCCGUCCGCCCCAGGGCAGCUCGCGACGUCCCCGAGCAGUGGCCCCGCUCCGACCGGCAGGCGGCGGGACUCUAUCGUGCGGCGGUUGAGUCUGAGCGGGGGAGGGCCGUUUGGCGUGGGCGGCCCAGCGAGCAAUGCAUCACCCGGCGGCGCGGGCGCCCAACAAGAAGCGGCAUCGGGGGAACGUCAAUCUUAG